CUAUAAUUUAGUUUAUUCAGCAUGAAACUGAGUUUAGUUAUGGAGCAGGAGGCUGUCUUGUCUAUUCUGCAAUAUUGGGACUGUUGGUGAGUCAACAGUCAGAGGAGGAUCGCUGUGGGACAGAAUGACAGUUGCUUUCUAAAAAUUAUGAUUUCAAUCGAGUUGAUUUAAAAUCAAGCCUUUUUUUUUACUAGUGAUUGAAACCAUGAUUUAAAUUAACCGAGCUGAUUUAAAAUCAAGCCUUUUUACUGGUGAUUGAAAUCAUGAUUUAAAUUAACCGAGCUGAUUUAAAAUCAAGCCUUUUUACUAGUGAUUGAAAUCAUGAUUUAAACCGUGAUUUAAAUCAAACCCACCCUGUUAAAGAAUAAAAGUGUUCAUUUUUUCCCUUGUUUCUGUAGCUCAGCACCGUCUUUCUCUUCUCUCUAGGAAAUUUUGGUCAAGCUUGCCAGUAAUGCCGAGACGGUGAUUGCUGCAGAGCCUUGGGAAGACACCUUCCGUCCAAGAUGCCUGAAAUAAAAGUUACUCCCCUAGGAGCUGGCCAGGAUGUGGGUCGCAGCUGCAUCCUUGUGUCCAUUGCAGGGAAGAACGUUAUGCUGGAUUGCGGGAUGCACAUGGGGUUUAAUGAUGAUAGGCGGUUUCCUGAUUUUUCCUACAUCACUCAGAACGGAAGGCUGACUGACUUCCUGGACUGCGUCAUCAUUAGCCACUUCCACCUGGAUCACUGUGGGGCCCUGCCCUACUUCAGCGAGAUGGUCGGCUACGAUGGGCCAAUUUACAUGACCCACCCGACGAAAGCCAUUUGCCCCAUUCUCCUGGAAGAUUUCCGGAAAAUCACCGUGGACAAGAAAGGGGAGACGAACUUCUUCACCUCCCAGAUGAUCAAGGACUGCAUGAAGAAAGUGGUGGCUGUCCACCUUCAUCAGACUGUGCAGGUGGACAGUGAGUUGGAGAUUAAGGCAUAUUAUGCUGGCCACGUCCUUGGGGCUGCGAUGUUCCAGAUUAAAGUCGGUUGUGAAUCAGUGGUUUAUACUGGCUGCCUGGAUUGACAAAUGCCGCCCAGACCUUCUGAUUUCUGAGUCCACCUACGCCACCACCAUCAGGGACUCCAAACGCUGCAGAGAGAGAGAUUUCUUGAAGAAGGUGCACGAGACCAUCGAACGCGGGGGGAAGGUCCUGAUCCCAGUCUUUGCUCUGGGCCGGGCUCAAGAACUCUGCAUUUUGCUGGAAACCUUCUGGGAGCGCAUGAAUUUGAAGGCACCCAUCUACUUCUCCACGGGGCUGACGGAGAAGGCAAACCACUACUACAAGCUCUUCAUCACGUGGACCAAUCAGAAGAUCCGGAAAACCUUCGUCCAGAGGAACAUGUUUGAGUUCAAGCACAUCAAACCUUUUGAGAGGACCUAUGUUGACAAUCCUGGGCCCAUGAGCUUCCGCUUGGUUUCGUCUGAGCAAGCCCUGAAGGAGUUGGGGCUGGGGGAGCAUCAGCUGCGCUUCACCUGCCGGAUCCACUUUCAAGACCCCCGCAAGGAGCACGAGACCGGCCUGCACGUUUACAACCACCUGAAAAGUGCCUUGAAGGAUUAUUCCGUCCAGCAUCUCUCCGACACCUCCAUCAUGGUGGAGUCCAUCUUGAUCCAGGUUACGGUGCAGUCCGAGGACCCCGCUACCAAACUUUUGCUGGUCUCCUGGACGUACCAGGAUGAAGAAAUGGGGAGCUACGUCACCUCUCUUUUGAAGAAAGCCCUGCCCCAGAUCACGGGAUGAGCCUCGGGGAGCCUCCAGCUGCCGCCACAGACUUUGAGCCACUGAGAAGGGCGAGUUGCGUGGGACGACGGAAAAGGGGGAAAAAAUUACAUUGUUUUAGUCGUCGUUGGGGGUUUGGGAACGUCUUACCCAUCUUCUCAGCAGCUUUUCUCCUCUAUCCAUCCCUCCAAUCCUCCCCCAUCGUCUUCCCUUCUGUCUGCCUCCUCAAUGCCCUUCUCCCCCCCCCCCUUUAUUUUUGGGUCCUACCUGCUUCUGCCCCAAACGAAACGGCUUCCUUUUCUCCUGUGCGAAGAAGAGCUGCGUGCCCAGAUACGCAAACUUUGGCCACGGAAGACACUUCUGCGUGUAGGACAAAUCCCUGCCCCAAAUAUGUGACGCAGCCCUAGAAGGAGUGGUGUAAAUACUCGUGUUCUUUCUCUCUCUUGUUUUAAUAAAGACAUUUACUUUCGGUA